AUGUCUGACAUUGAUAACGAUACAAUUGAGGAAAUUAAAUCAACAAAAGAAUUCGCCACUGAAAAUGAAACUGCGCCCGAAAAUCCUGAAAGCGAUGAUACUAUUGUUGAAAUGAGAGAAAUUUUGGAUGACCUGAAGCUAUUGGAUUUAUUUCAUUCACAACAUACGAGAGCUCCACAUCUCAUCCAAGGAAGAAUAGCGUAUUUUUUAUACGCUUGGCGUGCCAUUAGAUACAUAUUUGUUGCUUUCUACAUGGACUGGACCGUAGUCAUAAGACACCCAUUGAACUUUAUUCUCAUAGCUAUCUCUCUGGUGGUUUCUACAGUUUUAUUGGGCAUACUUGGUAUAUUCAUAACGAUUUACAGUCUACUCCGGUGGUCAUUGUUUUUGUCGGAUUCACGGUCGAAAGAAUUAAAUGGUUAUGGUCUCCUUAAGGAGGAGUAUGAGAAGUAUCGUCUUGCGUGUAGCAAAUAUGGCAAAUAUAAGCCUUGUGAUAAACACGAUAGGGAGUGUAAGGGUUUGCGUAGUUCUUGUCAAGAAUACAAUGACUAUAUCGAUAAUUUGAAGAGUGGAAUGAAAUUAUUAGGCAAUGGAGAUUCAAAUGAAAAACAAGUGCGUAAAAAUUAUCAAGUUUAUAACAAGAUUGAGAUGCUUCUUUUUCUGGCCAGCAUCGUGUAUCAACGUGAAAAGGCUAUCAUUCAUUUGAUUCAUGAAAAUAUCAACGAUCUCAAGAAGGUGCAUCGAACGGGCAGUGAAGAGUUAAAGGAGAAAGUUUAUGAAAUAGUUAAAGAGCAACUGGGAAAGGUAAAAAAUAUUGUUGACGAGUAUGAAAAAGUAGAAAAGUUGGUGGAAUCCGGAAAUGUAGCUGAGAAAGAGGAGGAUUCGGAAAAUGUCUUGAAAAGGUCGAAAGAGAUCAAAAAGAAGCUAAAAGAAAAUCAUUUUCGUUUAAUCUUUUUGACUUUCUUUCUAAAUUUAUCUACUUUCAGUGUCAUCAUGGUUAAAAUUACACAGUUCUUUAUCAGAAAAUUUUUCCCUCACAUAAAAGCUGAAGAUGGAAUGCAAAAGGAAAAUAUGAAAAGUAUAAAAGAUUCCAUCAAAGGUCUCGUACGAUAUAAUGAACGCCAAAUCAACAACCAACUUAAAAAAAUUCACAAAGGUCUUGAGUUCACCUCCAUCUCCGAGCUGAAUACCGCAGACGGGGGUUCCUUUUGUGGAAUGUUUUAUAAUGACGACGAAAAUUUUAUUGUUGUGUCUUUCAAGGGAACGAGUCCAACUAAUUUUGGAGAGUGGAUAAGUAACCUUACUUUUCAGUGCGUGGAUGCUCGAGGUUUCCUUUAUGGUCAAGUUCACCGAGGAUUCUACAAUUAUCUUUUUCCGUUGGAUGAAAAGAGAUCCGCAAAAGGCUUUCAGAGUUACCCUUCAAGCAGAAUCACCAGGGCAAUCGGAAGAAAAGCCAAGGAUAUUAGAAUUGAUAAAACUUAUAAGAACGUAUUAGAUUUCUGCAAGAACAAACUCGCCGUUACCAUUGACGAAAAUAUUAAGGUCAAUGAGGACGAUGAAAAAAGCGAUGAAAAAUCCUUUUGGGAGAACCUUUCGAAUGUGAUUAAAAAUGAAAGCUUCUGGGAUAAUUCUUCCUCCGAAAGGAUUAAAGAAUUCUCCAGGGAUUACGUAGAAAUUCUUUCGGGCAAGCAGGAUGACGAUCACAUGGUCAAAGAAAUACUUGGGUUGUUUUUUGAUCUAACGAGACCACAGGAUCCACACAAAGUUGGUUUGAUUAACAAUUUUUAUUUAAAGGAAAUAUCUGAUUACGUUUGUAGAAAGUUUAUUAAUAAUUUAAAGAAAGUGCAAAAAGUAAAUUUAUGGAUAACCGGUCAUUCACUCGGCGGGGGGCUGGCCACAUUGUUCUACGCACGUUUGUUAAAGGUAAAUUUGGGUGAACUAAAAAACGUCUGCAAACUACGAGAUACUGUAACUUUUGCAAGUCCGGCUGUCGGAGAUAUUCAUUUCGCGGCCGAGCUUUCUUCUCUGAAAAAUGACCCAGCUAACGAAGAUCGACCAUUGUGGCGUAUUGUCUUGAAAAGGGAUAUAGUGCCGAAAUUGCCGCAUAGGGCAUGUGAUAAAGGGUUAAGGAAAUACGGUUAUCAUUAUAACGUGUUAAUGAACUAUGUUCAAGUUGGAGAUAAAGUGAUAUUCAAAAGCGAUGGUUCAUUUGCGAAGCUUACAUGUGGCAAAUUUGUUAAGGAAAUUCAAGAACCAUAUGCAGACCGCGAGUUAUUUCUCUCCAAGGAUAAUUUGGAGGAUGAAAUAGAAAGAUGUGUAGAAAAAUACUAUGACGCUAAUCGUGCAUUGAGGAAUACCAAUCGUUUUCGUAAACUUCUCAAUCCGUGUAGAAUUGUGGAUAGUAUAAGUCAACAUUUUGUAGGCAGUUAUAUUGAUACCAUAAGCAAUUAUCGAAAGAAGGAGCGAAAGAGUGAAGAAGUGGAGAGCGGAGUCGAAAUCAAAAGUUAA